AUGAGGAAUCAAACAGAACUGAGUGAGUUCAUUCUGCUGGGAAUACCCCAGACCCAGGGACUGGAGACUGUGCUGUUUAUCAUCUUCUUGUUCAUCUACCUCUUCACCUUGCUCGGUAAUUUACUCAUCCUCAUAGCCAUCAUCUCUUCCACUACCCUUCAUACCCCCAUGUACUUCUUCUUGGCACUUUUAUCUAUUUUUGAUAUGUGUUUCCCUUCUGUAACUUGUCCCAAGAUGCUUUUCUAUCUGUCUGGUCAGAGCCAGACCAUCUCUUAUAAAGGAUGUGCUGCACAGCUCUUCCUUUAUCAUUUCCUGGGUUGUACAGAAGGUUGCCUCUACUCUGUGAUGGCUUAUGAUCGCUUUGUGGCCAUCUGCCACCCACUGAGAUAUACUCUGAUCAUGAAACCUGAGGUCUGUGUGGGUUUGGUCAUGGGGGCCUGCUUGAUAGGUUGUCUUGAUGCAACCAUACUGACCUUCUUUACCUUUCAGUUAACCUACUGUGGUCCCAAUCAGAUCGACUACUUCUUCUGUGACAUUCCUGCUGUCUUACCCCUGGCUUGUGCUGACUGCUCCCUGGCCCAGAGGGUGGGUUUUACUAAUGUUGGCCUUUUGGCUUUAAUACUUUUGCUCAGUAUCUGUGUCUCUUAUACUCGUAUUGGGAUUGCCAUUUUGAGGAUCCGUUCAUCAGAAGGCAGACAGAAAGCUUUCUCCACCUGCAGUGCUCACCUCACUGCCAUACUCUGUGCUUAUGGACCUGUAAUCAUUGUAUAUCUUCAGCCUACACCUAAGCCCUUGCUUGGUGCUGUGGUGCAAAUAUUGAAUAAUCUUGUUUCACCAAUGCUGAACUCAUUAAUCUAUUCUUUAAGGAACAAGGAAGUUAAAAAGUCCCUGAAAAGGGUGUUCAAUAAUAUAGUAUUUAUUGUUCUGAAAUAA